UUGAGCAGGAAUAUGCUGCACAGUGCUCUGGCGCCGUUGCUUCUGCUGCUACGCAACUAGGAGUACGACCGGUCGAAGAUGGUGGCCGUAUUUCUCGUGCCCAGCAGCCAAUGCGGGGUCUACUCUUUAUUAUGUCUAUGGUACCCCCUAGCCUCGUUUUGGAUUUCAAGAUGGAGGCGGGGUGAAUAAGGCGAAUUACCUGAUGGGAUGUUUUAAUCGUAUCCUGCUUUUGCAUUAUUUCCCUCUAUACAAACAGAAAAUGUUUAAAGAAAGAACAAUGAUAUAUGAUGUCAGAUGGUUCCACAGUGUGACUGCCCUGACAUUUUAAUAACUUUACCUUCUUUGACUAUGUGGUCAUAUUGACUGAUUAAUUCAUCUUAGCUACACAAACAUCAAACACAUACAUAUGUCUAAAGUCAUUUGUCUAAAGUAAUCUAAUCAUUACUCCAAAUCUUUAAGUUCCACAAACAAAUGGCUUUUGAGUGAAUAAACUUAAAUCUUUUAGUCUUUGUAGUCAGUUGCCUUACAUUUUUUGAGUUCUGAUAACUUAUUUGGGUUUACAGUGUAUGAGGCCAUUAUGAUUUAAAUAACUUCUAUACUUAACUUCUGGAAUGUUUCCCUCCUACGUGCAGUUUCCUCUCCUUUUUUGCCUUGUAGUAGUUGGGGUGGUUAUUGUUGCAUUCCAUUAAUAACACAAAAGGCUAGGUAGAGUGAAGGUGCAGCAGUGAACAACUACUCAUAGAUACUCAGUCACAGAAACUUCCAACAGAGAAUACUACAUAGAAACUAACAACACAUUGUAGACACCAGACCCGUGAUGGGUAUUUUUUAUCGAAACAGAACUCAAAGAGCUUUCAUAAAUCUGUUUCUGAUCCUGCUGAGUAUUUCUGUCUCUCUGCUCCUGUGGACAACUAGCAGACACUCAAUCUCCUCUCACAGAAGCCCUCUGAUUGCUCUGGACUUGCCUCCCGGCUAUGCUGCCGACCUGCCAGCCUGCUCUGCCAUCAUCCAGGGAGAUGUGGAGGGUCUGGAGAAGGAGCAGCUUAGUCUCCUGCUGAAAUCCAAGAAGAAGAGACAGCUGCUGUCGGAGGGGUUCUAUCAAAAUGUGACUCAGGACUGUCAGAGGUACAUCACAGAUAGAGGGUUUAUCACCGUUCCUGUCAGCCAGGAAGAGAAUAACUUCCCCAUUGCUUUCUCCAUGGUGGUCCAUGAGAAGAUUGAGAUGUUUGAAAGGCUGUUGCGUGCCAUCUACACUCCUCAGAACGUCUACUGUGUUCAUGUGGACCAGAAAACAUCUGAUAACUUCAAGAGUGCAGUAAGUUCUAUCGUGUCCUGUUUGCCCAAUGUGUUUCUGUCCAGUAAGAUGGAGAGUGUGGUCUACGCAUCCUGGUCCAGAGUGCAGGCUGACCUGAACUGUAUGGAGGAUCUGCUGAAGUCACCUGUCCAGUGGAGAUACCUGCUGAACACCUGUGGAACAGACUUCCCCAUUAAGACCAACGCUGAGAUGGUUCAGGCCCUCAAGCUGCUGAAUGGGAAGAACAGCAUGGAGUCAGAGACGACCAAUGACUACAAGAAGGGCAGAUGGCAGUUCCAUCACAACGUCACUGACAGAGUGGUCCGGACGGAGGUUAAGAAAAGCCCGCCACCAAUCAGCACCCCCAUGUUCUCUGGCAAUGCCUACUUUGUGGUGUCCAGGGCCUUUGUCCAUCAUGUGAUGGAGUCUCAGGAGGUCCAGGCACUGCUGGAGUGGGAGAAAGACACUUAUAGUCCAGAUGAACACCUGUGGGCCACUCUGCAACGAAUGCCCUAUGUACCAGGCUCCAUCCCACCCAACAGUAAGUAUGAACUGUCAGAUAUAAACGCCAUAGCCAGGUUAGUGAAGUGGUCAUACCUGGCUGGUGAUGUGAGGAGUGGAGCUCCGUACCCUCCCUGUUCUGGGGACUACAGGAGAGCUGUGUGUGUCUAUGGGGCUGGAGACCUACAGUGGCUCCUAAAGCAUCACCACCUCAUUGCUAACAAGUUUGACCCUGAGGUGGAUGAUGUGGCUAUCAGGUGUCUGGAAUCAUACCUGCGCUUCAAAUCAACACACAAAGAAACACUAAGGAAUGUGGAAUCUGGCUGUAACUGACUCAAAGUAAGGAACAUCAUAUGUUCUAAAUACAUUAAUGUACAUUCAUUUAAAAUAUAAUUUGGAUUGUGGUAUAUUGUAGUAUUGUCCUGUAAUUGAGUUAAAUCGAGGUUUGAGUUGUACAUACAUCAAGGAAUUAUUGUGACAGUGUUUUAAAAUGUUGUGACUGUUGUUACAGUUACUGUUUUUAAUUGUUAUGGUUGUUGUUUUGAAAUGUUAUAGUUCUUGUUUUUAAUUGUUAUGGAAUACAAAGAACUAUACAUCAAUCAGCCAUAACAUUAUGACCACUGACAGGUGAAGUGAAUAACACUGAUAAUCUCGUUAUCAUGGCACCUG